AUGUCUGGAUUUGGGAAUCUCAUGAAAAAAGGAUGGCACCCUGAGAAGGAAGGAACUACCUUUAAGGGUCAAGUGAACGGGCUUUUGGGCAGGAAUAAGGACAAAGAUGACCGGUCUGGACAUGUUGCCAGGCCACUAGCAUCUCUACAAGAUCCUUCAUCGUUCGCGCCGCCGCCGAAACGAGUUCCGGGACAACCCCUUCCUCCGCCAUCACGGUCGAGUGCAACUUCUCCCGGAGCACCCCCACCGCCCUACGAUGACUCGAAUCGAUACCCCCAGCAAGAGGAGCCCGAAGAGGAGGCACCGCCGCCGCAACCGUUCCGUGUCAAUACGACGGGUCUGUCAACAGCCCAUCUGCCACCACCUCCCGGACGCAAAGAUGGUGCGGAUGGAAGGACGCCGCCUCCUGGUCAAGCGGCCACUCGACCACCCCCGAGUCUACCCCCGCGGCUCCCACCCAGAACACCCUCUGCAUCAUCUACGACCACUUCGCCAUCCUCUCCCGCACCACCACCAGCAUCAAGCGGCGGUGGCUACCUCAACCAGAGCGCGAUGAACAGGCUAGGCGCGGCCGGCGUGUCAGUCCCUUCACUAGGAAUCGGAAAGUCCGCCCCUGAGCCACCGACUCGGUCCAACAACAAUAGCCCUGCAGCGCCGUCGCGAGCGGGUGCCUUCUCGCCGCCCAGCGCCGGCCAGAUGAACGAGUUGCAGAACCGCUUCGCGAAGUUGGGCAAGUCCUCGGGACAGUCGUCUACCCCACCGCCGACGGAGGGAACUACGAUGGAGCAGAAGCAGGCAGCGCUACGAACGGCAUCCAACUUCCAUAAGGACCCGUCGUCCGUGUCAAUGGCGGACGCCCGAUCCGCUGCAUCAACGUUCAACAAUUUCCGUCAACGUCACGGAGACCAGGUUGCGGCCGGAGUAAAGACGGCUAAUAACAUGAACCAGAAAUACGGCAUUGCCGACAAGGUGGGAAAGUAUGCCGGGCAAGCUGGCGAGCAACAACAGCAGGGUGUUACCAAUGCCUCUUCUAACCCAUUGUCUCCGCCUCCCGGACUCGUCAACGCGCUAGGGAAGAAGAAGCCACCCCCGCCGCCGCCGCCGAAGAAGAAGCCUCAGCUUGGUGGGGCACCUCAGCCGCCGUCAGGACCGGCCGGCGAUGAUGAACCUCCUCCGAUCCCCUUAGCAACCAAACCGACAUUUUGA